AUGUCUCACUCCCACCCCCUCCCUUCCUUAGGCGAUUUCACCAGACUCCUCACCGCCAUCUCCAAGAUUCAGAACGAUGAGGGGAGAAGAUACGACGUCGUAGUAGUCUCUCUCUUCGACCAAAUGCGAAACCUUUUUGGAGUCUCCUCCUCACCUCUUCUCUACACUUGCAACAUUGUAAUCAACUGUUUAUCCCAAUCCUCACGGCAUCCUUACACUUCUUUCGCCUUUCUUGGGAAGAUGUUGAAGCUUGGGUUUGAGCCUGAUGUCUUCACGUUUACUUCUCUGAUUAAUGGGUUUUGUUGUAAGGAUAGAGUUGAUGAUGCUUUGGGUUUGUUUGUUAAGGUUGUUGAGAUGGGUUUUAGACCUAAUGUUGUGACCUACACUGGUUUGAUUCAUUGUCUUUGUAAGAACAGAGAUGUUGAUCACGCGGUGGAGCUUUUUAAGCGGAUGGAGAGUGAUGGGGUUAGAGCUAAUGUUGUUACUUACAACUCUUUAGUGAGUGGUUUUUGUGAUUGUGGUAGAUUGGGAGAUGCGGCUCUGUUUCUGAGGGAGAUGAUGGAGAGGAGAGUUGGACCUAAUGUGAUCACUUUCACCGCGUUGAUCGAUGGGUUUGUGAAGGUUGGGAGGGUUUUAGAUGCUGUGGAGUUGUAUGAGGUGAUGAGGGAGAUGUCUGUAGAGCCUAAUGUGUUUACUUACAACUCUUUGAUCAAUGGGUUUUGCAUGUGUGGACGCUUAGAUGAGGCUAUGAGAAUGUUUAACUUGAUGAAGAGAAAGGGAUGUGUUCCGAAUAUAGUGACUUAUACUACUCUCAUACAUGGAUUCUGCAAGUCCAAGAGGGUAGAGGAAGGUGUGAGACUCUUUAACGAGAUGUCUCGGAGAGGAUUAGCUGCCAAUACAGUCACUUACACGGUCUUUAUCCAGGGUUAUUGUCUAGUGGGCAGACCUGAUGUUGCAGAACAAGUGUUCAAGCAUAUGGUUUCUUCUCACAAUGCGUGUCCUGAUGUCAGGACCUACAAUGUUUUGCUAGAUGGUCUGUGUUGUAACGGGAAAGUAGAGAAGGCGUUGAUGAUAUUUGAGUACAUGCGGAAGAGAGAAAUGGAUGUUAGUAUUGUCACGUAUACCAUUGUUAUUCAAGGGAUGUGCAAGGUUGGUAAAGUGGAAGAUGCUUUUGAUUUGUUUUGUAGUCUUUUCUCCAAGGGAAUGAAGCCUAAUGUUGUAACGUACACUACAAUGAUAAUGGGAUUUUGUAGGCGAGGCCUGAUUCAUGAAGCUGAUGCGUUGUUUAGGAAAAUGAAAGAAGAUGGGUUCUUACCAAAUGAGCGUGUGUCUUAAGUAGGUGAACAAUCAUGUGGAGUUAGAGAUACUUUGAUCUCAAAGCAUAUGAUGGUGGAGUUGCAAUUUGGGGAGAGGACACAGAGGUGCAAUAUGAAGUUUUGUGCCAUACCUCGUCAGCUACACCAGUUUGUGUAAAUGAUUCAUGUCCAAGGAGAUGUUUUCUUGACAAGUAUUUAUUUUCGUUGAAGACUUGUUUCUAUCUUCAAGAUUCUGCAAUGAUUGGAGUAUUUGAAGUGGAAUAGUAUUCUCUAGAAAUCUAAUCAAAUGGAUAGAUAGAUAGUGGAGAAGGUAUGUAUG